ACACACACACACACACACACACACACACACACACACACACACACACACCACCAUUAAUUACGUGCAGCAGUGACACCCUGCUUUUUACUCUGUGUGUGUGUGUAUGUGUGUGUGUGUGUGAAGAGAAAAUUAUGCAGCAGCUAAAAAUGCCAACCAGUAGUUACUGAUACUACACCUGCACAAAGAGGAGGAGGAGGAGAGAGAGAGAGAUAGAGGAGGAGAGAGAGAGGAGGAGAAAAAGAAAAAGCGAGAGAGAGAGGGAGUGGAAGGUUAAGCGAGGGUGUAGAUCUUACACUGAUUCAGUGAGCAGCAGCUUCUCGUUUCGUUUGUUAGUUCUUUCGCCCUCUCUCUUUCUCUCUCUCUCUCUUGCUGGUGUAUGGUGACAUGAAAUUCGGAGUGGAUUAUAAAUGGCUGUAUUCUCCGUACAGAAGAAGAAGAUAGUCAGGACUGAAAAGCUUGUGUGUGUGUGUGUGUGUGUGUGUGUGUGUGUGUGAUUCAGUGUGUGUGUGACGUUAUAUGUGAUUGUAUGUGGAUGUGUGAGAGGAGAUGCUCAUCUUCCUCAUGGCUGCUAUGAUGAAGUCUGGACUCCCGACUCGUGCUGUGCUGCCUCAGUGCACGGCCCUAAACACGCACUCGUUCUCCAACAAACACACACACACCCAUGCAGUUAUGCUUCCUGUUCAGACCGACAGCCAUCAAGAACCAGCAGACUUACAGAUCUACACGGACUGGGCGAAUCACUAUUUGGCGAAAUCAGGACACAAGCAGCUGAUUCAAGAUCUGCAGCAAGAUGUUUCUGAUGGAGUGCUUUUGGCUGAAAUCAUCCAAGUCGUCGCCAAUGAAAAGAUCGAGGACAUUAACGGCUGCCCAAAGAGCCACUCGCAGAUGAUUGAAAAUAUCGAUACGUGUCUGGCUUUUCUGGCAGCAAAAGGCGUGAACAUACAGGGACUCUCAGCUGAAGAAAUCAGAAAUGGGAAUCUGAAGGCGAUACUGGGACUGUUUUUUAGUUUAUCACGGUACAAACAGCAACAGCAACAGCAGCAGAGCACCUCACAAACACACUUCGCACACACUGCACAUACACACACAGCCUCCUCGCAUGGGACACAGGCCUCAGCAGCACAGAUCCAUCAAGCACAGGCGGAGAUGCAGUCCAGGACUUCCUCUGAGAGCAAACUUCUCAAGUUUUCCAUUGGUCAGAAAAAGACAUCUAGACUUCCUGGCCCUACAUCGAGAGUUCCUGCUGUGUGCGUCGAGUCAUCACCACGCGGUUCAGUCAGCUCAGCAGGAAACAGACGCAGCCAGAUGUUCAGUGAGAAAGUCAAACCUGCAGCCACACAGACCAGAGAAUCAUUAGACGGCAUUACUUCCCAACCACCAAGCAUGACAGAGCAUGCUCCGUCGUCAUUGGCAACCACGUCCGCCAUCACCAGCACUGUGCCGUCUUCCUCUUCGUCCUCUGCCACCUCCUGCUCAGCCAUCCCUCAGCCCAACUCGAGCAGCAAACCCUGGAGGAGCAAGUCUCUGAGCACCAAAAACACGUCUACCUCCACUGUUUCCCCAGUUAAAGGGGAAGUCCCUUCUAAACAGGCCCCUCCCACUGACCCACCUCCCAAAUCACUGACCCCCCAGAAGUCCAUGUUGGAGAAACUCAAACUGUUCAACAGUAAAAGUGGCUCUAAAUCCUCCACACCGCCAGAGGGCGCUGUGCAAAUGUCGCUCACGUUGGACAAAAUAGAAGCUACCGAGCCUCCGGAGGAAGCGAACAACUAUGCGCUGACAAGCAGCAGCCCAAAGAUGGCGUUGAAGGGCAUUGCACAGCGCACCUUUAGCCGAGCUCUAACGGCUAAAAAGUGCUCAAUGAAAGGUGUGGAAAAAGAAAAAGACAGUGACAAAGAGAAAGAGCGGGCUAAGGAGAAAGAGAGAGGAAAGGAGAUGUCUAAACGAAUGUUCACUUUCGAAAAGACAGCGAGUCGAGAAGCAGUAACCACAGAGGACAUGACUACCAGGAGUGAGAUUAGUGUAGCAGCUGCAGAGAGUAAACGAACUUCUAAAAUCGCUAGCCUCAUUCCCAAAGGAGGCAAAUCCAGCUCCAAAAAAGAUAGCUCCGCCUCCAUGCAUAGCGGAAUCCCCAAACCAGGAAGUAAAAGCAUGGUUAAAAGCUCAGGAGCGCCCCUCUGUGGCAAAGACAAUGAAAGGCCACGGAGUAUGAGGCUAAGCAGUGGAGUUGGUUUCCAUGGAGACAGCCGCCACUCUUCUUCCUCUUCCAGUCUUGCGUCUACAGAGGGCAAAUGUCAUCAGAACCACAGCGUAACCUCAGUGGGUAAUGGAGGAACUACACAGUCCACAGCUAGCAACACGGUUAGUGUGCAGCUUCCUCAGCCUCAGCAGCAGUACAACCACCCAAACACUGCCACUGUAGCACCAUUCAUGUACAGAUCCCAGACAGAUGGGGACGACACCAUAGAAACAGGCUUCACAGGAUGCACUGGAGGGUCAGGUAGCUUCAGCAAAACCAACCAGUUGUCCACUGAAGAUUUAUCAGGUGAAGAUCCUGAGACUAGGAGACUGCGAACAGUUAAAAACAUUGCAGACCUUCGACAGAAUCUGGAAGAAACCAUGUCCAGUUUAAGGGGGACACAGAUCACACACAGCGCUCUGGAAACGUUUGAUAGUGGCGUCACUACGGAAACGAACACUCGUUCUGGUUUUCGGUCAUCUCGUGCUGCACCACUCUCGUGGACCAAUCGGAUAGGCCCGUCCAGCCCACGGCUGCAGGCUGGCGAUGCCCCCUCACCAGGGAAUGGAUAUCCAGCACAUGGAGGCAUGGGUGGGGCUGGCCUGGGUCACAUGCGCUACCUUUACUCUGCGCCUCUGCGCAGGCAGCUAGCAGCACGCAGCAGCGCCAUCUGCGGGCUCGAGCUGGGAGAGCGGGGUGGAGAGGAACUCGAGCUUGACGUCAGUGGCUAUGUGAGCGACGGAGAUGUGCUGACCAAGAACGCACACGCUGAUGAGCUCAGCAGUGGCUACCUGACUGAUGGUGGUUUGAGUUUAUACACUCGUCGUAUGAACCGUUUCCCAGAUGGACUGGCGUUGAUGCGAGAAACGCUGCAGAAACACAUAUCGACAGGUCAAGGUGACGCAGACAGUUGGGAUGACAGCAGUUCCGUCAGCAGUGGGGUUAGUGAUACGAUCGACACCGAUGACAUCAACACUAGUUCCUCCAUCAGCUCGUACACACACACAUCUGCUGCAUGCAGAACCCUGAGCACCCAGCCACAGACCGAUGCUGAGAAACAUUCAGCAGCCGAGCGCAACUCAAGCUGGUCUUGUGAUGAAGUCAAGAAAUCGGACGGAAGUUCAGACAGCAGCGUGAAAAUGGAGUCCGGCUCAAAAUGGCGUCAAAAAAAUGGCACUUCUGAUGUAUCGGAUGAGUCGGAUAAGGGAGGAUCUGGGAAGAGGGGUGGUGCCAUCUCUCAGACCGGUUCAUGGAGGCGGGGUAUGAGUGCCCAGGUCGGUGUGACUACGCCACGCACAAAAAACACGACAGUCACCUCAGGACCAGGCAUGAUGAAAACACACGGGACCGCUAAAACGGAUGACGCUAAGGUGUCAGAGAAAGGCCGCAUUUCUCCCCACGUUAACAACAUCCAAAGCUGCGACCCUACCCCGUCCCGUGUUUCCUUCGGCUUUAAGAAACCCACUUCCGGGUCCAUGUCUGGUCACACUGCCACGGCAACGACCUCCAGUACAGCCAUGGUGCCAGCUAGCAGAGUCAUGGUCAUCAGUGGCUCAGCCACACUGGGGAAAAUCCCCAAAUCCUCGGUGCUGAUGGUGGGUGGAGUCAGAUCUGGCCUGAAAGGGUCAGCAGCACCAGAGUGCACCAUGGUGACUCAGGAGGAUGGCUGCCUAGCAACCAGUGUCAGGUCGACACUGCAGUAUCGUAGUCUACCACGACCUUCCCGCUCCACACACAACCGCUCCUCCACCAGCAGCAUUGAAUCAGGAUCGAGCAGCCGAGGCCCUGCCAUCACUGUCACUGUCUCGGCCAGUAAGACACGAGAGUCCAUCCCCAAUGCGAAAACCAAUCAGACGGACAAGGAUAAGGGCGGAGUCUCAGAGACGGACAAUUUGAGACAAAACAUGGCUGGCUCAAGUUCAACAAUUCCGCAGACAUCGAGACAAGGGAGUAAAUAUAAAGAGGUUUCAUCACCCACACUACGCAGACUUUUUGGAGGUAAAGCUGCUAAGCAGGCCACUGCCACAGAGAACCUGAAGAACUCUGUGGUCAUUUCAAACCCUCAUGCUACAAUGGCACACCACUCUGUACCCUCUGCUGGACUCCUGGACUCCCCCUCAGCAGGCAGUAGUGGGGGUGCAGGGGGCAGCGAGCAGGUGUCCAGCCCUGGCUCGGGCUACUCGGGGGGCACGGGCACAUGGGGCCACCCUUCUGUCAGCAGCAUGCACACGAGCUCUGACUCUAUUGACAUGUCUGUCAGCAGCGGACAUCAGCGUGACAACGGCCACCAGCCAAUCACUCGCACUGGAAGCGCCAAGACAGAGAGGUACACCCCUUCGCCGCAGCUCCGCCCAGACGAGGCACGUGAUUGGCUGCGCUCGCAUUCCAUCAGCGGAUUGCAGGACUCGGUCAGUAACUCACCGUUUUCUACCGGCUCCAGUGUGACCUCGCCGUCCGGGACACGGUUCAAUUUCGGACAGCUCGCCAGUCCCACCACAGCAGCUCAGAUAAGCUUUGUGAGUCUGCGCAACAGCAGUCUGACCAAUCAGGACGCAACGCUGGAGACAUGCAACGAGGGCCGCCUGAGGAACUCCUGCGUCUCGCUGGACGAGAAAACCCGCAUCAUUAGUCGUUCAGCCUCCUUCAGAGACGGCUUUGAAGAAGUGCACGGUUCGUCUCUCUCCCUGGUCUCGAGUACGUCUUCCAUCUACUCCACGAAUGAAGAGAAAUCACAGUCAGAGAUUCGGAAGUUGCGCAGAGAGCUGGAUGCCUCACAGGAGAAAGUGUCAGCACUGACAACACAACUGAGUGCUAAUGCCCACCUGGUAGCAGCAUUUGAGCAGAGUCUAGCCAACAUGACCAUCAGACUAAAGAGCCUCACUAUGACAGCAGAGCAGAAGGACUCUGAGCUGAAUGAGUUGAGAAAGACCAUCGAGUUGCUAAAGAGGCAGAACGCUGUGGCUCAAGCUGCCAUUAACGGCGUCAUUAACACUCCGGAACUCUCUUGUAAAGCUGAGCGUACAGGUUCUGUGGGCUCAGUCUCAGUACAGGCAGAGAUGUGUAUGCGCAGACAGCACUCGUCAGACAGUGUGUCCAGCAUCACCAGCCACUCCAGCAUGGAGAAUACAGACAACAGCGGCAAGAAGAAAAAGAAAAACUGGCUGCGUAGCUCCUUUAAACAGGCAUUCACCAAAAAGAAGUCACCGAAAUCCGCCUCGUCCCAUUCGGACAUCGAGGAAAUGAAUGACUCGCUCCCUUCAUCUCCGAAACUCCCUCAUAACGGAUCCAGCAGCUCCACACUCGUGCUCAGGAACUCAAACUCGAUGUUGCCGGAGGGUUUCGAUGGAGAGGCGGAGACUGUAAUGCAGCUCCGGAGCGAGUUGAGAGAGAAAGAAAUGAAAUUGACGGACAUCCGGUUAGAGGCGCUUAGCUCCGCCCACCAACUUGACCAAUUACGAGAGGCCAUGAAUCGAAUGCAGACUGAGAUUGAGAAGCUGAAAGUGGAAAACGACCAGUUAAAGAUGGAGAACCAGGCAAACGGUGGCCGAACAUUAAUCGCCCCAAGUUCCAUCACGACUCCAUCAACUGAACUCGCGCAACAAAACGCCCACGAGUCCACAAGCUUUGAUAUACUGCUGGAUGAUUCUGGAGGAGACCGUAAAGAUGGCCAACAUGUAAAGAUCGUGGUCAGUUUACAGGGAGAGGAUGCACCCAGGAAAGAGGAUUGCAGACCAUGGGACUUCCUGAUCGGCUGUAUCGGUGUUAGCGGGAAAACCAAAUGGGACGUUUUGGAUGGAGUAGUGAAACGCCUGUUUAAAGAAUACAUCAGGCAUGUCGAUCAAGUCAGUCAGCUGGGACUGAGCUCUGACAGCGUGGAGUCGUAUCGUAUUGGAGACGUGAUUAGGCCCGGUAGAGCAGAAACGCCAGAACUGCUUCCUUGUGGAUAUCUAGUGGGGGAAAACAAGACAAUAAACAUUUCACUUAAAGGUGUGAGCUCCCAGUCGAUUGACUCACUUGUGUUUGAGAUGUUAAUCCCAAAGCCUGUGUUGCAGCGCUACGUGUCACUGCUGCACGAACAUCGCCGUCUCAUUUUGUCUGGUCCAAGUGGCACGGGGAAAACAUACCUGGCUCAGCGUCUCGCCGAACACCUGACACUGCUUGAGGGACGCACUGAUACACACACUGCCAUCACCACCUUCAACGUAGACCACAAGUCUAGCAAGGAGCUGCGACAGUAUUUGUUGGCUGUAGUGGAACAGUGCAGUGUGGAUCAACAUGAAGCUCCUUUAGUUAUCAUACUGGACAACUUGCAUCACAUCAGCUCACUGGGGGAGAUAUUCAAUGGCCUGCUUACCCAAACACGCCAGCACUGCCCGUACAUAAUCGGAACCAUGAGUCAGACAACAUCUUCAUCUCCGAAUUUGCAGCUUCAUCAUAACUUCAGGUGGGUUUUGUGUGCGAAUCACACCGAGCCAGUGAAGGGCUUUCUGGGCCGUUUUCUGCGUCGGAGGCUUAUUGAGACUGAAAUCAGCAGCCGAACACGUAAUCCAGAGCUGGUGAAGAUCAUUGAGUGGAUUCCUCAUGUCUGGCAUCAUCUCAACUGCUUCCUGGAGGCUCACAGCUCCUCAGAUGUCACUAUCGGACCGCGUCUGUUCCUGUCAUGUCCGAUGGACGUGGACGGAUCACGCAUUUGGUUUACAGAUCUGUGGAAUUACAGCAUCAUCCCAUACAUGCUGGAAGCCGUCAGAGAGGGUUUGCAGCUGUACGGACGCAGAGCUGCAUGGGACGAUCCUACUCGUUGGGUGAUGGACACGUUUCCGUGGAGAUCGAGCUCGCUGCAUCCUGACUGUCCUGCUCUGCUAAAACUCCGCCCGGAGGAUGUGGGUUUGGAUGGAGGCUCCACCUCUAAAGAGGGCACUACCAAACAGAACACCCAGACUGACAGUGAGGCUGAUCCACUGAUGAACAUGCUGAUGCGUCUGAAGGAGGCCGCGAACUGCUCCAGCACUCCGAGUUACGACAGCGACUCUAACAGUAAUGGUCACCAUGACGACAUCCUUGACUCAUCGCUGGAGUCAGCGCUCUGAUGCUUCAUUUUAUACUUUUUUUACUUACAAACGUCCCGUGAAUGUUUCCUCGUGCCCUUGCAGCGCCAAUGAAGCAGCUGCUCGUAAAUUUAUCCUAUGCGAUGAGGGAACAUCUUUUGAAAGGAAAGAAAAAUAACUGCACUACUCAACUAAUUCAACUUACAAAAUGAGAUGACAAUUUCAAAAUAAUAAUAAUAAUAAUAAACCAACAGAAGAAAAAGAAGAAGACAGAAACUGCACUGCUUAUAAUUCAUCUUCACACCACCGCUGUGAUGGAUGUAUUAAAGAAUAGCACAUCAUCAGACAGAGAUUUUCCAGAAUCCUUACCUCACUAUAGCCCACCUAUAAUGUCUGAUAAUAAUAAUAAUAAUAAUAAUAAUAAUAAUAAUAAUAAAGUCUUAAAGGUUUGUUAGAUAUACUCACAUCCUAGUUUUGCAUAUCCCUGACCUGAAGCUUUUUUGAGAAACAUCAAAACUCUAAACCUCUCUAUCUCUUCUCUCAUACGGUGUUUCUGGUGACAAAAUGGUGCUGCGAAUGAGUUUUGCGCUCUUUGCUACUCUGGAUGUCUGGACACUCAUGACAGUGGCACACAAAAGUUUAUUCUGAUGCUGGCCAUCAUUUUAUAACUUGAUGCAUUCGGGGAGACUUCCUGUUCUGUAUUCAUUGAUUUGCAUGAUGAGUAAUGGUACCUCACCAGCAUGGAGACGUGUCUAGCACUCAUUCACUGUUGAAUGCCAUCAUUUGCUACAUUUCCUUCCUCUCGUUUUUGGUGCUGAAGAACCCAGUGCCUUACUGCGUUUUGCGACGAGAACCUGAGAGGCGCUGUGUUCUUAUCUUGAACUUUUCACAUCCUCUCGAGCAAAAGGGCUUCACGCUGUACACCUCAGCAGCUCAGAGUGGCGUUAUCAUUUUAAUAAUGAUUAACAGUGUGCAACAAAACCCUGUGAGACUGCACAAUGUUGAAUUCGAAAAGGCGUGUGCGUAGGUGCGUGUUUAUACCUCAUCGACUGUCCAGAACUUUACUUUGGCCUUAAUUCCCAUGCGACACCACUGUGAAGGGGAAUGACUUAGAGUUCUUAUCUGACCUUGGAAUCCCAAAAUGUUCUCUGGUUUUCUCAAAUAAAAAGCACAUAAUAUAGUUUGUAAACAUUGUUCAAGUUUCAAAAUGUACUCCUUGCCUAAGUUCUAUGUAUGGAAACUAAGCUGCAAAAACAGCCCCCAUUUUAGAUUUCUUGUUUCUUCAAUGUCAAAACUCGUUUAAAUAUACUGGCCCAUUCAUGUUACAGCAGGUUAGCCCCACCCAUAUAUUUUAGAGCAGAUCAACCCCCAUUCAUGUACAGCAGGUUAGCCCCGCCCAUUUACUUUACAGUAGUUUAGCUCCACCUAUUUACUUUACAGCAGGUUAGUCCUCUCCUGUUCACUUUACAGCAGGUUAGCCCUGCCCAUUUAUUUUACAGCAGGUUAGCCCCGCCCAUCUACUUUACAGAAGGUUAGCUCCACCUAUUUAAUUUACAGCAGAUUAGCCCCGCCCAUUUAUUUUCCAGCAGAUCAACCCGCAUUCACUUUAUAACAGGUUAGCCCCGCCCAUUCACAUUACAGCAGGUUAGCCCCACCCAUUCACAUUGCAGCAGGUUUUGCCUUGCCCAGUCCCAUUGAAUUCUGUAGCAGUAUUUGGGUGAAAGAUGUUGCAGCAUGCAGGUAAACCUUGUACCUGGCCAUCAGGAAACAAAUAAGCUACACAAGUGUCUACACGAGACACUUGAAUUAGGGCAAGAUAAUGUCGUAACAGUACUCCUGAAGGAUGAUGCGAUUCCAAAUAUAUUGGACCCAACAGCAGACCCACAACCCAUAAGUAUUUUAUUCUGAUAUCUCAUUUAUUCAUGACUAUUCAGUAUGAACACUGACUGAGGUGGCUCUAUCUAACAAAGUAUGCACCCCGUACUCAGUGAGCUAGCAUUAGCUAGCUAGCUAGAUUUGGCCUUGCUAAUCUGUCUGCUAAUUCUCCAGCUAGUCGUGUCAGUAACAGUCAAAUUUCCCCCUAUUUUUAAAAUCAAUUCAAUUGCUUUCUACAAGCAGAUAACAUUAUUUAUCUCCUGUUUAAAUAGAGGAAUGGAAAUUGUUGUGUAAAAAUUAACUUUUUUGUACAUAAAACUGCGCAAAUAUUAUAAGUGGACUUCAGGGGAAAAGAUCAAAUGCAAAAAAAACAAUGUAGGAUACGGGACCUUAACGCUGUUACUAUGCUUACUGCUUUUAUAGACAUUUAGGAAGAGCUAAUAAAUGAAACGACAGAAGAAAUGCGCGUUGACUUUUAACUCGGUUAACACUUGAUAUCAGGAAUUAAUUGUGGCUUUGUUUGAAUUCCUUAUGAAUUUCAUACAAAUUUAAUUUCUCGCUUAGAUUCAGCAUCUUGAUCCUAUGCAACUUCAUUCAGAUUUGAAAUGGAAGCCAAAUAUGGUAUCAGCACUGCCAAGUGUGUGUGUGUGUGUGUGUGUGUGUGUGUGUGUGUGUAUUUAUAUAAAUAUGGAUUGUACAGUGUGUAUAUACUUUGUGAAUAAUUCUCAGAUUAUGAUGUGCCUACAUUUUAUAAACUUGGAUGUAAGUCGAUUCAAGCACAGACUCUGGACACGUUUUGAACUUUAUUCUCAUAAUUGAAUGUUUAUUUGAUUUUAAAUACACAACAUUCUUUUUUUUAAAUCUUGCAUUUGGAUGAAUAAAAUUGUACUUACAUGUUUAUAACAUCA